AUGUCCGACUCCAACACAACCUACUUCACCAACCCCUCCACCUUCAUCCUGCUGGGCAUUCCUGGCCUGGAGAUGGCUCAAGUCAGGAUCGCCAUCCCUUUCUGUGCCAUGUAUGCCACAGCCCUUUUGGGAAAUUUCAUCCUCCUGUUCAUUGUGAAAAUGGAGCCGAGCCUCCAUGAGCCCAUGUACUAUUUCCUCUGCAUGCUGGCUGUCACCGACCUGGUCCUGGGCACAUCCACUGUACCCAAAAUGCUGAGCAUCUUCUGGUUCAAUUCUAGGGAGAUCAAUUUCAAUGCCUGCCUCACCCAGAUGUUCUUCAUUCAGUGCUUCUCAGCAAUGGAGUCUGGGAUCUUCGGGGCCAUGGCUUUAGAUCGCUACGUGGCCAUCUGCCACCCCCUGAGACAUUCCACCAUCCUGACAACCCGCCUGGCUGUGGUGCUGCGUGGCUGCAUUCUCACGCUGCCCUAUCCCUUCCUGGCCAGGCACUGGCCAUAUUGCAGAACUAACAUCAUCCCCCACACGCACUGCGAGCACUUGCUUGUGGUGAAGUUGUCCUGCGCCGACAUCCGUGUGAGUAGCUACUACGGCCUCUUUGUGCUGAUCUCUGGGAUGGGUCUUGAUAUGUUUCUAAUUGCUCUGUCCUACAUCCAGAUCCUCAGGGCCAUCUUCAGGCUUCCCACUAAGGAUGCCCGGCUCAAGACUUUUGGGACUUGCAGCUCCCACCUCUGCGUCAUCUUAGCCUUCUACAUCCCACCUCUCUUGGGUCGUGGUCUCCAGCCCUGGGUAGCAGCCACCUUCAUGAGGCUGGUCAAUGAGGCCCUACAAGGACUGGAGGGUUUCUCUAUGGCCUAUAUUGACGACCUGGCCAUUUCCAGUGACUCCUAG